UAAAAUCUAACAAAUUCGAUCCAAAAAAAUCAAAAAGAAAAAAAAGAAAGUAUAUAAAUUUGAAACUGAAUCACCGGUGAUUUGUAUUAUCAUUAAAUGAAAAGCGUGUCAUGUUGAGGGUUGUCGUUUGAGUUUCCUAUCAAACAUUCAUACGCAUUCCUUUAGAUACAACACAUGAUCAUUCAAAGUUAUGCAAUAAGCAGCCUUGUGUUAGUUGAAAACCCUGAUGGCACAACCCCAAUAUCUCCCCUCUUCAAGUAGCGAAUCCGAGAGGCUUGUUCAAGAAAUAAGUAGCGAAUCCGAGAGGCUUGUUCAAGAAAUAAGUAGCGAUGACUCUGGUUCUGAUUUUGAAUCACAGCAAGUGACCAAAACCACUUGUGAUAAUGUUUCAUCCGCACUCAAGAAACCCACUUUACCUUUGAAGCCCAAUGCCAAGCCUCGAGCUAUUAAGGCUGUGUUCACUAAAGAGGAUGAGAUUGCGUUGGUGGAAGGUAUGAUCGAGUUUAAGGAAACAAAUCAGAGUAAUCUGAGUUCGAAUAUGACUGCGUUUCGCAAUUUUGUCAAGAAUUCCUUGUCUUGUAUUGUUAGUCGGACGCAGCUUGUGAGUAAGAUUAGUAAGUUGAAGCACAAAUUUUUGUGUAAUGUGAGUAAAGUAGAGAAUGGUGAGGAUCCCAUGAGUUGGAAACCUCAUGAUUAUAAGCUGUUUGAGCUUUCAAGAGAUAUCUGGGGAAGUGAGGUUCUGGGUGGCAUGGAAAAAGAUAGCAAGGAUGAUCAUGUGGCUAAUAAGACGGAGGCAAAGCCGAAACUUUGGUGGUCAUUGUAUCCUUGUUUGUGUGCUUCACUUGAAUCUGAAGCGAAUAAGAACUUUAGAGAGACGAUAUUGGCGAAAGAAUAUGUGAACAAGGUGCUUAGAGUACUCGAGACGAAGAAGGCUGCUGAAUUAGAAGAGGAAUGGAAUAGUUUUUUGGUAAUGCAGCAGCAGGUGUAUGCGAAGAGGAUGAAAUUGAUUGCUAAACAGGCUGAAGCUAUGAUGAAUUCCUCAAGUCAGUAGUGGAGCGAGGGACUUGCAUUGCAGGUAUAGUCGCUGAUUUUGGUUGAAAGUCCCGCUAACUCUACUAGGUGUGGCAUGUAAACAAAGCUUUUGGAAGCUGCCAUCUUUUGCUGAGAGAAUUCCAUGGAAAAUCUUUUGAACUCUACAUGAUGUAAUUCCUUUACAUGCCAAGUGUAGCAACUAUUUAUGUCUAGGGGGUGAUAAACUCUGUAAACUUUACUCUCAUGUGCUACUACUAUCUUCUGAUAUGUGUUAUUCGGGUUGCGCUUUUCUUUUUGUUCAAAUGCAUUUGUUCCUCUAAUUAUAUUUACAUUGUGGGAAUUUAUCUU